AUGUUCGAGUGCAUCGGCUCUGAUUCCGGUCCUGUCAAUUCCGUUUACGAGCGCCAUGCGUACAAGACCGCAAACCACACAUCUCUACUGGUACGACUUGGCUCGAAUUGGUCGUCAGCAUUUCUUUCCUACAAGUCGACAACGCCUGCCCUGAACGGCCUUUCCAUUGCAGACGUGGCGUUUCUAACGAUGCCCACCUCGACGACGGUUAAGUACUGCCGUCCACCUGGUCAUAAGCGCAAGCCUCAGUCGGAGAGCUGGAAAGUAGGGAUAAUGGUCAUUUCUCCUUUGGAAAUUUCGCCAUUGUCUAAUCCUGUUAACGAACUCGCCUCCAUACCAAGCUCAUUGGUCGAACAUCGAAUCUUUGCCAGUGGUCGCAGGCAGACCCCUCACAUCGAUCGUCUCAUCGAUUGCGCCCAGCUAUGUGGCUUUCAAUCAUUCGCCCCUCCAAAUGCUCGCGCAGUGUUCAGAGCUUUUCGGUUACCUCAUCCCGACGCUUUGUGUGUCGUGGCAUACACGCUCGUCGUCGCCACGGGCUGCCGCAACGUCACGCAUACGGAUGUACCCACCGCUUCAUUGGCUUUUUUUCUCCGGCCAAUAACGAACUACCAAGGGCAAGGCCCUAGGGUGAAAAACACCAUACUCAUCGGAGGGCAUUCGUCUCUUCUCGCGCGGACGCCGACUUCCAUGGAGGGUGGGGGGGCGUGGCUAUUGCGCAUAGGUCGGUCAUGCUUGGAUGCUUCGCAUGCGUCGGGUUUGCUUGGGUAA